AUGGCGUCCCAAGUACUUCUACUCCUUCCCCUCGUAACACUGUUCUUCCUGUUUUUUCCUCAGCCUGCAAAACAAGAAAGCGCACCGAUACCUGCAUUUGCAUUCGGUUGGCUUGACGAGAAAGAUAGUUUCGCGGCGGGUGACAUAGCCACGAUCAAAGUCACAGUUCUCGGGAAUUACGACACCGGAAAAUACGAUUCCCCUUUUAACCCCAACAUCACGGUCAAUGACAGGACUGGAAAUAGCAGUUUUAUUACCGGGUUGAUUUUGAAUUUUAAUGGCGGCACUCAAAACUGGAGCAUUUUAUUUACCCCCAUCAUGGUCGGCUUAUUUCACGUGCUUAUCGAGGAUGUACAUUUUCGUGUUAUGGACGCUUCAUUGCAGUUCCAAGUCGAACCAGGCCUAAUGUACCCGGCAGCAGGAAUAUUAUCGUGGGCCGAUGGAGUAGACGAGUUUGUAGCCGGAACAAGGGCUGAAAUAUUGAUCCUUCCGAAAGAUGCGUUCGGAAAUAACGUUUCGUUAGACGGCCAAGGAUCUGCAUUUCAUCAUAAUUUCACGCUGUUUGCUUUGACCCCAAACGGCUCGUCAGAAAAUUUGCUUGAUAUAGCCCACAAAGGUUGGAAUCAACAAGGCUAUAUAAGUAUCGAGUUUAUUACAAUCACGGCUGGAAGUUUGUUUCUUCAUGUGGAGAUUGAGAAUCAAACUCUCCACGACUCGCCUUUGCCGUUCUCGGUUAUUCCAGGAAGUCUGGAUGUGCACAGCUGUAUCGCUCGUCUAAAUAUAGAAACAAAGUAUUUCCAAUUAUUUUCGAAGAUGGAAGGCUCGAUACACCAGCACGACCAAUAUGGAAACCUAGUCCCACAGCUUUACGCAUUUGACAUUGAAGUUAUUGAGUUUGGAACUAACUUGUCGAUGCCAGUAGCCGAUUUAAUAUUGAAAGAUAUAAGCCCUGGGAUCCAAUCGUUUACCUUCAGCCUGCACGAGCCUGGAAAAUUCACACUUUUUACAGGGAAUUCGAGUCACAAGGCUAGCGACUUUGAUGUUUACUAUAUUCCAGAGAAAAGCGGAUAUGAUGAGAUACGUGUUUUUUGUGGGAAUAUUCCGUUGAACGGUGGUAAUCCAUUUAGAAAUAAAGUGUCUCCAGGAAAUGUCAAUGUAUCGCUCUCGGGAGUCGUGAAAUUUGCUGAGAAAGUCCCAAAGCUGAUUAAGAAUGAGAUAAUUGUUCGACUUGUUGAUUCUUUUCAUAACCCUGUGUUACAACAAGAAUCAAAGUUGAAAUUAGAGAUGGCUUCAAUCAACAAAUCAGCUUCUCGGGUAUGGAAUUUUACGGACAACAACGAUGGAUCAUAUCGUGCAAAAUACCUCGUACAUGAUAUUGGCACGUACGAAAUAUGUGCUUCUUACAAUGUACAACGCUUCGCACCCUGUCCAUUUGGCGUGAAUGUUUACCAUAGUGAAUAUUUUCCUAAAGCCUACAAUGAUACGAUUCCGGUGUGGGAGGAUGAGUCGGUUGCUUUUAACGUCCUAGAAAAUGAUUAUUUUGCUGGUGGGAAUGCGAGUAUUCUCAAGUAUACUAAGCCAGGCCAUGGCUCGAUUCUGCAGAGCGGAGCCUUCUUUAGGUACACGCCAUACAGAGGGCUUUACGGAAAUGAUACUUUUUCUUACACGAUAACCGACAUCAAUGGGAACCUUGCUUCGGGUGCUGUGGAUUUACUUAUCCUCUGCAGGCCUCCUCAGUUUGCUUCCUUUCCUAGUAAUUUGCUAGCCACUGAGGAUGAAAUCAGUCCCAGAUUUGGCGGUUUCUCCAGAUUUGAGAUUACAUAUUCAGAUUCAUCCGAGAACAUCAGUGUUACACUUAGCUCGAAAUCUGGGAAUAUUUUGUUAUUUCCCUCACAAAUGCAAUUUUGGCAGCCGAGGUUGAAUGAACUUUCCGUUAACAGAGGGUCCCAAAUGCCUAAUGAACUAACUUUGGUAGGCUUUAUCGAUGCCAUCAACUCUGCCCUUCAGUCGAUCCAAUACUUGGGAAAUGCGAAUUUCUGUGGACCCGACACGAUUCGAGUUUCGACCAUGAACAAGAACGGGAGGAACGACUUGGACGUGCCUAUCUACGUGCAGCCAAUUAACGACCCUCCUUUCAUAAAUAUUCCCUCGUUUAUUGUCAUGGAUGAUUUGAGUGAUGGCGUGCUCGUUUUUGGUCAACAAGGUGGAAAAUUCGACUUCAUUGUCGAUCCAGAUGUUGAGAAUUUUCCUGGCAAUAGGUCUCGGUUUUCAAUCAUGGUGUCGAUGGAGGUGAGUGCCGGGCUAUUGUCCACAAGCCUUCCUGCAGAGCUAAUUGGGUCGACCGAGGUUAAAACGAAGACCGGUUAUCAGUGGCAACCAUUGCUGACAUUUGUCACCAUCUCAAGGCACUUUUUGGUGAAAGCAAAAGGUAUUCGGUUUCGAGGCCCGAUUGAUGAAAGCAACAAUAUCCUGAGGCAAUUAUCAUAUCAUGAAGGUGAACACGGUGCGGUCCUGACCCUGUCAGUGAAUGAUUUAGGAAACCAUGGAUGCUACCCAGACUGUGCUGAGAUGAUGUCGGUAUCUCUGUUUGCUGAGUCCAGUGUAAAUAUCGUCAAACACAGGCCGAUGAGUUCACUGGCAGCUCAUACAUUAGGAUCAGCAAUCGUGGUUGAAUCUUUUCUGGUGUUUUUUCUUGGAUUGGGGCUUUUGUUUUACACUAAUUGCAGUUAUUCAAUGGACAGUAGCUUGACGAUCAAUAUUUCUGUCCUUGAACAUAUCCCCUCGACUCAAGGAACCCUAGUUAGUAAGAGUCUCAAGGAUCAUAAUUGUUGGGAAGACCUAAAAAAUGAGGUCCCAAAAAGCACCAACACCAUGGAAAAUGUGCAUCCUAGAGAAUAG